CAGAGGGGGAAAAAGGCACACACAGCAGGCUGACAGUAUCUGAGGAGCGCUUACACCCAGAGUGGUCUUCUGAUGCAGACACAAGAAGGAGCUCAUUAGCAUUUCUUGGAGUAAACGCAUUUUCGUCAUCAGGACUUGUUUAUUUUAAUCAAAGGAUUUGCGUCACUACGCGCCGUGCGCGCAUUCCUCAGCAGGAUUUGCGCAUCUCCAAACGCUGAUUGUUUUCUCUGCUCUCCACGAGAGCGAUGUUUUAAUUUAACUGCCCGCGAGACGAGCUUUCAGAGUCAUGCACGAGCGACUACCGGCGGAGCGUCUCAUCUGAGAUUCAAAAAAUGGAACAACAGCUCUCCAAACCGGAGUGCAAAAACAUGGAUGCGUGUCUGAGGCGACUGAAGCUAGAGCUGGUGUCUAUGAAAGAAGCUGGCGAUGGCCUCCAUGCUCAGAUGAAUUCGAUGAUGGGAGCCCUUCAGGAACUCAAGCUCCUUCAAGUUCAAACGGCGCUAGAGAACCUUGACAUUUCCGGUCGACCCAUCAACAGAGGAAUCCCACAUCCAGCUCCUCCUGAAGCAUCAGCUCCAGCAGUUCUAAACUCAGGCAAGGAUCACGGGUCCUGCUUUGGCCAAACCAUGCCAGAGGUGCCCAGCCCGAGUCCAAUGCAGAGUCCACGACCAUCAGUGGAGAGCAGAAACACAUUCAGUAUAGAUGACAGGAAUAUGUCACGAAACAGAAGCAGCAUGGGCACCUCGUCGUCCUCUGCAUCCAGUUUUGAGAGUGGGAGCGAGACAAGUGAAAGAAGUGACAACAACCUUGAGUCUAUACCUAAAAGAUGGUCUGGGUAUAUGGCCCCACAGGUGGAUUUUUAUGGACCAACAGUGGGGAACCCUCCACCAGAGCUCUUCUCUCAGCCAAAGGUGACCUGUCGGGCUCAGGCAGUGGACCUUCCUGGGAUCCUGUACAGCCUCUCCAGAGAGGGCCCUUCAUUUGACAGCGACUACUCCCAAGAAAGCACAGAUGACGGGAGCGACUGGACAUCUUCACUGAUGAGCGGCAGUCGCAACCGUCAGCCCUUGGUGCUGGGCGACAACGUCUUCGCAGACCUUGUGGGCAACUGGCUUGACUUGCCUGAGGUGGAGAGGGAAGACGUGUCGGAGGAGAAGAGGAAAAAGGGAGAUGAUAGGACAAUGGACGGAGGGGCAGAGAGACCGGACACGCCAGCUCACCCUCUUCGAAACAGUCGCUCACAGGAGAUCUGCAGGAAGUUCUCCUUAACAACAAAUAUCUUCAAGAAGUUCCUGCGCAGCGUCCGGCCUGACAGGGACAAGCUGCUGAAGGAGAGGCCCGGCUGGAUGGCUCCUGAGAUGUCUGAGGGCGAUCUUGUCAAGAGGCCGAAGAAACUUGUUCCAAAGAGUUCAAAAGGCAGCUUCUACUUGCCGUUCUGGGCAAACGGACAGCAAAGCAAAGGCAAGAUGUGUCCACAUCUAGCUGAGGCAGAGAGGAACCACCACCAACACAACUUCCCCCAAGUCCACCAACAGCCGUUUGCUGGGAUUUAUUUAGACCGGAGACAGCCAGAGACUGGUCUGGAGAAAAUGCAGCCCUUGUUUGAUUACAACACAGCUGUGUGGGUCUGACAGCGGGUCCAACAGACUGCCAGUGAUGCCAGGCUGAGUGAGUGACAGGUGCAAGGGGAUUUUGGCUGUGCUGGAGGGGAGUACGAAUGAAUGACUGAACUGUAUGAGAGGCUCAGACUCAGUUAUCUUCCAAAAAAAGAACCAAUGAACUUCACACCCCGACAAAGUUAUCAGGGCAUCAUUUUGUCAGACAAUCCUAAAACCUGAACCUCGUUUGCUGUGUGUGUCUGGUAGUGUGAGUGCAUGCUGAAGAGUGUUUGAGACUGAAGCGUUUCAUUUUGAGGACCUAUGCUGCAAGUUUUGUAUUCAAAAUACUUCCUAUGUGUGUGUGCAUGUGUGACUGGUUCUCUGGAUGUCUCUAAGACGGUACUUUGAAAUGUUUUUCAGAAUGUCACUACCACCACCAGAUCUUUAAGAAAACAACCCCAGACUUUUUCACUCCCAGGCUGCAGGACGUACGCACACUUGUGUUUAUCACUUCUUUGCAUCUAUGAAUGGGAACACCAACUGUUGGAUUGCAUGAGGUUAUAAGUGAUCCUACAAACAGCUGUUACUGAACGCACUGCCACUGAACACAGCGAUAAGUUUCCCCCUUUUGUUUCCAACAGGCUUAGACGUCUUGGAAACUCAGGUUCAACUAAAUCCAUCAGUCUCAUUCACCUUUCUCAGGGUAUGAAGGUGUAACAGGAGUAAAUUAUGAGAUAGCUCCACAUUUAACUGGGUUUUUAAGAGUUCAAAGAUUUGCCUCAUCUUAUCUUAGCAGCAAUACAGUGCAUGACGAGUUCAGAGAUUGCACAUUAAAGUUUGAGAUUUAUCCCUCAUUUUGCUUGCUGUCCUGCUAGAAAUACUCAUUUUUCUUCUCUGCCAUGCAACCAUGGCACAUGUUGAGUCAACUGUCAGUCCUCCUGGCUUGUUUCGCAGAAAGAGGAGGGGGUAUAGAUGGCACAGCCAAUGGUGACUGACUGACUGCCAUCUGGUACACAGUCGUUAUGUAAAGCUCGGUCGCCACCGAUUUUGAAAAAGAUGCAAAAAUGUCUGGUUUAAUCCCACAGCUCUGUGGAUUAUGAUGAUGGCGUUACAUACUGUAUAUAGACACCAGGUGAAUACAUUACAGAGCUGUGGCAGUGAAGAGGCAGGCUAGUGGAGGUAAUUUCAAACAGACAGGAUCAAGUUUCAUGUACAGAUCAUUGUACAUAUUUGUCAUGAACGUAACAGCAGCAAUAACAAACAUUUACUAUAAUCUCCCAUUGCAUGGUUUCAUUAUUCUUCACAGAUGAAAAUGUCACAGUACUAUUGCAGUUUUUGCCAUGACAUGAUGAAGAUGCUUCACUUAAUAUAAACCACAAACUGAUGAGUCAGCGUCUCACUUAGUGUCUUUUCUCUCGUUUCAUAACGUACAACUUCAGUGUUUUCAUUUCAAGCAGCAUCAGGAUAGUUUGACACAAAACUACAGCUUUCUUCAAAAGUUCACGUAAAUAUAAUAAUUCCCUCAGGAUUACAAACAAAACUGCCAGCUCUGAGUCCAAACACUUUGAGUUUAAAGAGGACCACUGAUAUGCAAAGACAAUCUAACACACAGACUUUUCAUUGUUAUUAAGAAACUGUUGAUUUCAUUCAGUUUUCAAAGGGAUCCCAGACCAAUCAACUCAGCCAGCAGGGAUUAGGCCUUAGGUCUUUUGAGUGUCUUGGCCAGUCGAUCCAUAUGGUGUUGUCUCAGUAUUCAGGUCAAUACAUACCACACAUUCAAAGGGUCCAACACACACACACAGACACAGACACACAGUUUUUACAGAGAUGGUUGUGCUGUGAUGCACAGUCUGAGAUGUCAUAUCACACAAUAUGUGUAAGUAAAUGUAACAUUUGUUUCUUCCUAUUUACAGUUGUCUAAGUGUUAUUUUCAGCGCUGUUGUUGAUAUUUUUCAUCAGGGUUCUGCGAACCUUCAGUAGUGAUUUUGAGUCAUGUGAGCUGUAACACUGUCACUGAAUCUUUGUAAAUUAAAUCUGUUUUCAGAGAAA